UUAUAGGUACUGCCUGGUUAUACAGCAUAUUUGUAAAUGUCAGAUGGCUUGGACAUUUUAUUCCCGAUCUCCGAAUUUAUUUUCUCCUGUACCCUGCGGCUAAAACAUUGAACACUGAAGUUCGACUUGUAUAUCUUGAGGUAAACAGGACCAGUCUAAACAGCAAUUCUAUGUUCAAGAGCAAAACAUAACAACCAAAUGACAGUCCUGCAAGGCGCACAGCACAGCUAAAAAAUCACUGAAAAACAAAAUGGUCAGAUCCAAAUGACAUCCUGUAUCAAGAACAGCAAAUCUGCUUCAUCCUAUUUACAGCCUCCUGAGGCUUUCUAAAAACUCUGGGGAAAAGGAUAAUGCAUUUCCCCCUAGUGCUGGAAGCCACCAUGAAGUCGGAAUACAACGUCACUGUACGAGACGAUACAGAAUCCAUCCGCAGCAACAUGAAUCAAGCCUUGCCAUACCCACUGAGCUUUCAGGUUUCACUUACUGGAUUUCUCAUGCUGGAAAUUGUUUUGGGCCUCAGCAGCAACCUGACUGUGCUCGUCCUCUACUGCAUGAAGUCCAACCUGAUUAACUCUGUCAGUAACAUUGUCACAAUGAACUUGCAUGUGCUGGAUGUCAUCAUCUGUGUGGGCUGCAUUCCCCUAACCAUUGUUGUUGUUCUGCUUUCCCAAGAAAGCAACACUGCUCUGAUCUGCUGCUUUCACGAGGCUUGUGUGUCUUUUGCCAGUGUUGCGACCACAGUCAAUGUUCUUACCAUCACCCUGGACCGGUACGAUAUUUCGGUGAAGCCAGCAAACCGAAUUCUGACCAUGGGAAGGGCAGUGAUGCUACUCACGCUAAUCUGGAUUGUGUCCUUCGUUAGUUUUCUGAUACCGUUCAUGGAGGUCAGCUUUUUUAACUUUCAGCCUGAAAACAUAGGGCAAAACAAGACCCUCUCAAGUACCGAUAUAAACCAAUACUAUACUGAACUGGGACUGUAUUACCACCUCCUUGCGCAGAUCCCUAUUUUCUUUUUCACUGCCAUUGUCAUGUUGCUCACUUACUACAAAAUACUGCAGGCUUUGAACAUAAGGAUUGGCACCAGGUUUUCAACAGUGCAGAAGAAAAAAACUAGAAAGAAAAAGACAAUUUCUCUGACCACACAGCAUGAGACCAUAGACGUGUCACAAAGCAGUACAGGACGCAAUGUCAUGUUUGGUGUACGAACUUCUGUUUCGGUUAUAAUUGCUCUCAGACGGGCAGUGAAACGUCACAGAGAGCGUCGAGAAAGGCAAAGGAGGGUCUUCAAGAUGUCCCUCUUGAUAAUCUCCACAUUCCUUCUUUGUUGGACACCUAUCACCAUUUUAAAUUCUGUCAUUUUAUGUUUAGGCCCCAGUGACCUGUUGGUAAGGUUAAGACUUGGGUUUCUUGUCAUGGCCUAUGGGACUACCAUAUUUCACCCUUUGUUGUACGCUUUUACAAGACAGAAAUUCCAAAAGGUCCUCAAAAGCAAAAUGAAGAAGAGAGUUGUGUCCAUUGUAGAGGCAGAGCCCUUGCCAAAUAAUGCAGUCAUUCACAAUUCUUGGAUUGACCCAAAACGGAACAAAAAGAUGACCUUUGAAGACAAAGAGGCUAGACAGAAAUGUCUGGCAACUACACAAGUUGGAGAAUAACUGAAACUUCAGGAAAUAAAAAAAAUAGUAAGUAAAGAUUUCCAUCAGGUAAAAAUACAUAAGGACUAAAUGACCCAAAGCAUCAUUGUAAAUGCAACUGUAAUACAUGCACAGUCAAAGGUGGAUUAUUUAUUAUUAUUUAUUAAAGAAUUAUAUUUAAGUUCUACAAUCCUGCAGAACACAAUGUAGA